GAUCGCAAACACACUUUCGUCAGAAUAUUUUCGUUUGCUUUUUACUAUUUAUUCUCACUUUUCACUCAUUAGACUAGUCCUCGAUUUUUGCGUACUAUCACCGCAAUAAAUUUCACCAGAAUAUUCUGUCAAUUAUGUUUUAUAACAAAUAUUUACGGUUUUAAUUAUGAACUUUGCUGUGAAAACACAUUUCGGGCGUAGAGUGUGCAUGCUAAUCCUUAUUGGAAGCAUGAAUUAAGUAUAUAUUAAUCAAUGGAUUCAAAGGACCCGUGGAGUUGUCCCAACGAUCGCGAGUUAACAUUAAGAGCCAGAUUAGACACGGGAUGGUCUGUCAAAAGCAACCAAAUCCAGAAUAAUACUCCAAAAGCCGAUCCAAUCAAUGAUUGCGAACAAAAAAUGAUACUUAAAGUGAUUAAUAAAGCAAAACAAAUGGAGAAAAUGGAAAGGGAUAGGAUUAACCGAAUGUUGGAGCGAUUAAAUAACAUGAAACGAAACGCCAGGGGAGACGGCAAAUACAACUGUGUUUUAUGCAACGAUACAUUUGGUCUGUUUGGUGCUCAGGGUCGACAGUGCAAGGACUGCCUCAAAUCGGUGUGCAAUAAGUGCGGAGUCGACACAUUGACGGCAGACAACGACCCGCUCUGGCUCUGCAAACUGUGCUCAGAAACACGUGAAUUGUGGAAGAAGUCGGGCGCCUGGUUCUCAAACGUGAUGCCAAUACUGCCAAACGCGAGUCCCUGCGCUCCCAGUAUACCAUCGAUCAAUUCACCCGCAAAUGAGUCGCCAAACAGUGCGGAAAAUGAAUUUAUAUCCAAUUCUUCGAGCUUUCAUUCCUCGUCACCGGUUCUCAGACAUAAGACAAGAUCUCCCAGUCCUAUGAGCAACCGGAACCGGUCGCCAAACAUAGCAGGAUUUCAUGAGAAUAUAAUAGAAAACAGUUAA